UACUUCGUCUCUAGAACAAGCAGUUACGCUCCUCGCCCGAAUAAUAAAUACGACUUUCCAUUUUCAACGUAAGUGAUUUUCUGUCAAUCCCAAAAACAAAUAAUAAGAGGAUCUUUUGAAAUCAUAUUUUGGUAAAUAUACGACUACACGCGUUUGCACUAAACUAAUCAAAUGUCCAAUUAAAACCUUGUAAUAAAUAAUGAUUAAUUUUGAAAUCAAGUUAUAUUGUUAAAUUUUAUCCCAAAGUUUUCACAAAACUAACGCAACGAUAGAAAUAUAUCGUCAAUUUCACUUUUAAUAAAUCUUGAACAAAUGUUAACGUUAAAUUAAACAUAUACAAGAAACACGUACAAUUUGAAAUACAAAGACACAUGAAGGAUUUCAUAGCACAUGGUCACGUGAGCGUAUUUGCAAGUAAAUAGGGAGGAAUGGUUUGAGCUUGAAGAAAUCACGUUAUGUAUACGUAUUUUACUCGCACAAAAUCUCAUUUUUGCACAGCGUUAUUAUAUAUGCGUUCAUCUCUUUUACUCCGAUCUUUCGUCUUUUUCGGCUAGCUACUACGUUCGUCGCAUAGAAUUGUUCACCGAUCGUGUCUAUAAGCAUAUAGUAUAUACACAGGCGCCAUAUUUGUCGUAUCGCAGUGUGGAAACACAUUGUAUACGAACGUCAACACAAUGGAAUACGACAACGUGUUGCUGUGUCUGAGAAUGGCAAGUUGUCGCAAAAGUCUAGCUGUAUUUAUUCCGACAUUUCUGAACUGUAUUCUCUAGCAAAAGUGUUAUAAGAGUAACAAAGAGCGCGGAGAUGGAAGAAGAAGGAAGGAGAAGAUAAAGAAACAGUUACAAAGUAUCGAGUGCGAGAGGGAGUUGACCGAAGAAAAAGUACCGGUGUGGUGGGGCAGUUAGCGACAGUAUGCCGGUAGUGGUAACGCGGGUGUCGGUGUUGUGCCGAAGGUAUAUGCGUGCAUAGAUACACGAACACGCGCGCAGAUUGGAAAGAGAAAGAGAAUAAGAGGGAGUAAGAAGGAAGAGCGACAGUAGACAAGAGGAGUGGUAGAGGAGCACGAAGAACCAAGUUGCCAGAGACAGUGUCGAGAGAAGUGGUCGGUCGGUGGCAGUUCGAGUCUGUCGUCAGGUCAAGAAACGUGUGGUUAGAUUCGAUUCGUUGGCAACGUUCUUCGCAUUUUUAUUUUCUUAUCUUCGUCAAAGUUUCUCGCGAGCCGAAUAAAAUUGUGUGAUUGAGGGGUAUUCGCGGCGUUUUUCAAUAUGGGUUAAAGAGUGUUUCUCCGUUAUUUCUUGAUCAUAUCUUACGUGCAAACUUCGAUAAGCUGUGUUUCAAAGUGUAAAUUAGUGUGCGUAUUGUGCAAGUUGUUUGAACGCAGCUCACUGAUCGAGGUGGCACGUUUACUUGUGUAUUCGUCCCUCUCUUUUUUCGUUUCGUUCUUUCGUUUUGGUAAAGAACCGAGAGAAGAUUAUUCAAUUGCAAGUAAAAAAAAAAAAAUAAGCGAUAUAAGUGAACAUUCGUUUAUCGAAAUCGAAUGAACCGUAUGCGUCGACGACGACGUCGAAGACGAGGACGAAGGGGAUAGUCGAUGGCAAUAGCGCAAUGAAACACGGAUAAUGCGGCAACUACGUGACCGACCGAGCAACAUUUAGCAAUAAGAAAGAUCAACCUCGACCUCCAAAUACGUUGCCGACAGUAUAAUCUCGACGAGUUUAUAUUUCCAAGGGUUAAGAAGUGUAUUCAGGAAAUACAAUCGUUUUAUCCAUCUACUUUGAAAACCACAUGAUCAUAAUAGAAAAUUUUCAUCGUUCGAUGUGUGCGAACUUCUAUGAAGAAAUUUUUAUACUGGUCCUCGAGAAACCGUUAAUCGAGACUGGAUCGGAUCGAGCAAAGUAGGACAAAGUGCAAUAAUCCUACUUAAGGAAAAAUCUGUGCUGUAUACUUUUAAAAUUUUUUAAAAAACUAAUGAUCUCUGAAAAAUAUCUUAAAUCAUAAAUAAUAAUAUUUUAAAUAUAUACAUAUUAUAUACAUAUUUCUUCUAUUUGCUAAUAACUUAUCUGGAUAUAUUCUACUGGAUAGCAUAGUAUUACAUAGAAAGGCUGCAAAUGAAAACCAAGUACCUUAGAAAGUACCAAAUAAAUCGAGUAGAUUCACUUUGUUUAGGAAUUUUAAGAGAAUUAAAUCAUUAAGAAAACGUGUCGUUAUCAACUUGAAACUGUUUAAUCUGGUGUCUAUAUCUAUAUCCUGUUUGCGCAAAAGAUAAAAAUAUAGAAAAACAAGGGCAAAUUGAGAUCGGUCGAGAUGAUCGUCGGGAAUAUAACGAAAUCCUGCUCGUUGUGCGACAACGGAAAAGAAGAGCAGAGAGAUUAGUCGAGAAAAGGAAAACAUUCGGAUCGAUCGGAGAGCGAAGCAAAGACCCAUUUAGAAUACAGAAAGAAUCGUCGAGGUAUGUGCAACAAGUUAAGGGGAAGCACGUGACUGUUAUCUGCUAGAGCAAACAUCCGAACAACAUAGAUAAAAUUGGAAGCGACGACCGCAAAACUUGAGAUACGCGCAAAAAAUAUACCCGCAUAUAUAUAUAUAUAUACGUAUAUACGUUCUUUUACUUACGAGUCGCGAAGAAAAACUCGCUGGCCGAGUUUAAAGGAAACGUCAAAGAUUGCGAUCGGUUUGUUGGUCACGAAUCGAGGGAAGUUGGAAAUCGUCGUUUUGUGUGCUGUCGCGUAUUUCGAAAGCAUGUAGCAACAUGUUUGAAUUUGCCGGGCAAUUCUAUUCGCAGAAGGGCGUGAAACUUUGAAUGACUUUCCCGUUUUGCGGCUUCAUUUUUGACUCGUCCGACGAGAGGACGAGACAAAUGCCCGUCGCUUCAGAAGAUUGGGUCCCGCACCCGGCUAAGAUAACCAGUUCUAUUACCACUGUCAAAGGUGCCACUAUCCAAAGCACGACUACAUCUUGGAUGUCGCCAUACAGCAGAGCGUCUCCCUCUGAACGUCCAACCUCUAACAACAACAAUAAUAAUAAUAAUAAUGGAGUUGUCAUACUCGAAGGAUGUAGACCACCUGCUGCCACCACUGCUAGAAGGUUUCUCAGGUGGUUCAGCAGACUUGGUCAACCGCCAAUGGGGAAAUCAGGGGUGUUGGAGAUGGCGGCCACAGAGAGCACGAUCCGUUUCAGCGGGCACACAUUGGACAAGGCUACAAAGGCCAAGGUAACCUUGGAGAAUUACUACAGCAAUUUGAUAGCCCAGCAUAUCGAGCGAAAGCAGAGGCUUGCGAAAUUAGAGGAAUCGUUGAAAGACGAAGGACUGUCGGAGCAACAGAAGCAGGAGAAACGGUUGCAACAUGCCCAGAAAGAAACUGAAUUUCUUCGCUUGAAACGCUCUCGGCUCGGCGUCGAAGACUUCGAACCUCUCAAAGUUAUCGGCAGAGGCGCUUUCGGAGAGGUAAGACUCGUGCAAAAGAAGGACACCGGGCACGUGUACGCGAUGAAAAUUUUACGAAAAGCGGACAUGUUGGAGAAGGAGCAGGUAGCGCACGUCAGGGCCGAAAGAGACGUAUUGGUGGAGGCUGAUCACCAAUGGGUCGUAAAAAUGUAUUAUAGCUUUCAAGAUCCUAUAAAUCUGUAUCUAAUCAUGGAGUUUCUUCCAGGCGGUGACAUGAUGACACUGCUAAUGAAGAAAGACACGCUUUCCGAGGAGUGUACACAAUUUUAUAUUUCUGAGACUGCGUUGGCGAUCGAUUCUAUUCAUAAAUUAGGAUUUAUUCAUAGAGAUAUCAAACCGGAUAAUCUGUUGUUAGACGCGCGAGGUCAUAUAAAGCUUUCUGAUUUUGGAUUAUGCACGGGUUUGAAAAAAUCUCAUAGAACCGAUUUCUACAGAGAUCUUAGCCAAGCGAAACCUUCGGAUUUCAUGACGUCAUGUGGAAGCGGAAGCGGCGGAGCGAUGGAUAGUAAAAGAAGGGCAGAGAGUUGGAAAAGAAAUAGGAGAGCGUUAGCUUACAGCACGGUAGGGACACCCGAUUAUAUAGCCCCGGAAGUAUUUUUACAAACUGGUUAUGGACCUGCUUGUGAUUGCUGGUCUUUGGGAGUUAUUAUGUACGAGAUGCUCAUAGGAUAUCCUCCAUUCUGCAGCGAAAAUCCUCAAGAAACUUACAGGAAAGUUAUGAACUGGAGAGAGACUUUAGUUUUCCCACCAGAAGUUCCUAUUAGCGAGGAAGCUAAGGAUACCAUAAUCAGAUUUUGUUGCGAAGCUGAUAGAAGAUUAGGCGCGCAAAGAGGUAUCGAAGAACUUAAACUCGCCCCUUUCUUCCGUGGCGUGGACUGGGAACAUAUCAGAGAAAGACCUGCCGCGAUCCCAGUCGAAGUACGUUCCAUCGACGAUACUUCCAAUUUCGACGAAUUUCCAGAUGUGAAACUGGAAAUACGUAAGUGUACGAAACGUUUGUUCCACUUUAAAACGACGACGAUAGAAUAUUUGGUUAAAUUAAGAUUAAAUGUAAUUUUCUUUUCUUUUUUUUUUUUUUUUUCUUCUCUCUUUCCCCUCCCAACGAUCGCAGCAUCUGCACCAAUGCCUCAAGACGGAGAAGUAAUAUACAAGGACUGGGUGUUUAUCAAUUACACGUUCAAACGAUUCGAAGGAUUGACGCAACGAGGCACUCCGACUAAGAAAUAGCAACACUCUAUUUCUUGCUCGGUUUCAACCAGUCAGCAGCCUGACGCAACUGGAAUUCCGGCCUUGGUACAUAAUCCGUACCCUCCGUUGUCAUCAACGACAUCUCGAAUGGAUGGUUGAUUCGUUUUAUCUUUUGAAUACGGUCCAGUCAAUCAUCGGCAGCCAGUCGCUUUUACAUGUACAUAUAUACGUGACGAGAUGAGCGCGACGUAUACGUUGUACGUUGUCACAACAAGAUACGAAUGAAGAGGAAAAAGAAAAGAAAAGGGCAAAGGAAAAACGAACAUGGCAAAGAUUAUAAAAAGGGGAAAAAAAAAAAAGAAAGAAAAAUGUCGUGUUGUUUUUACAAAGAACGGAAAUGAUAAAUAUUCUGUAGACAAGCAGGUGCGAAAAUCGUUGCACAUGUGAUAAGGAAGAACCGACAUAUUUUCAUGCGCACUGUAACGUUUUUAGUGAUGUCACAACUAUAAAAUACGUUUGUUUUUUCGUUCUAUCGUUCUAUUCGUGAAUAUUCGUUUCCAUCCGAUCUUCGAUACGUAGCAUAAUAAGCUCUCUUUUCUCUAUUCUCCCUUUCUUUUUUCUCCCUCCCCCCUCCUUUUCUUUCUUUUUAUAGUGAAAAUAUUAAUGGUAAAAAACAAAGAUGGAGCCUCGGUCCCGUGAUUCUCGCAAAUCGUGUACAAAUUUUUCGUAGGACUUCUUUCGGUGUUUUUUCUCUCUCUCUCUCUCUCUUUCUCUCUUUCUCUUUCUCUCCUUUUUCGAACGAAGCACUGGUUUAGCUCUCGUUUCCAGCUCUCUUUUAAACGUUGUAUUUAUAGCUAGUACUGUGAUAUGAUAUUGUUUAAAAGUUUUGUAUACAAAUCACUGUUUUCUCUGUUAAUGAUUACUGAACUUUACGAAUGUUGUACUCUGUUCGAUUGUGCUCUUACGUUUCAUUCAAAAAAUUUAAAAAUUUGUUGGUAUAAAAAAAAGGAUAUUUUAUAUUUAUAUAUUUUUUGAGAGCUUUUGUCUGAGUGUUAUCUAUGAAUUGAUCGAAAAAAAAUAAUUGAUUAUAUGUUUAAUCGUAAUAGAUUUUGUUUAAUUUUUAUGUUGAAUGUAACAAUAUUAUAUGGAUAAUCGAAAACUUAUAUCGGUAUAUCGACAGAUAUUUUUUUAAUUUUUUAUUUACAUGUAAUUAAAUAUUUUCGCUAUGAAAACGCUGUAAUAUGGAAUAAUAAUCAAUCUGUAGGUGAUCGUGGCACAAGCUUUUGCGUAAUUUUUUGUGCUUUAUAGUUUUUUUGUAUCAAUAUACGAUGUAUCAUCAAAUAAAAUGUAUUGCAAUUAAUCGAUUAAUUGGUUAAGAGAAGAAAAAUACGAUGUAUAGAAAAUAAAUGGCGUGUAGAAGGAGAAUCAUACAAGGUACCGGGUCUCUUUCUUAUAAAAUAAUUACUUAUUUAUAAACGGUUUCGUUCGUGCCUGAGCAUUGUGAAAUUUGUAUAGCUUUAAAAGCAUCUUAAAAGAAUGUGAAAACGAAAAUCGAUUACAUUCGUAAAAUUCAGGGCUCCUUCGUUGCCUUAUUAAGGUUCCUAACACAUGUACAUGCGCAGCCCAAUUCAGAAACUACAAAAUGCGAGAACGAGAGAAAUUUACGGCGCUGGGUAAAGCAUAGUGAAUAAUCGAACACAACAAAGAGGGAAACGUUAAUCAAGAGAUAAUCGAUGUAAUCUAGUGGUUGAUGUAUAUAUCUUUUAUAGUAAUUUUACAUUAAUUAAAAAUAGAAAUCUAUAAUUA